AUGCACGAAUCUCUUAAGCAAUAUCUGCCUAAAGAUUACAAAAGGAGAGCCUAUUAUACUCCUUACGAUGUCUCAGUCCAUAAUACAGCCAAUGACUUGUGGGUAAGCUUUUUCGGGAAGGUUUGGGAUCUUACAUAACUUGUCUAAGAAAAUAUUUCAUCGAAACUAUGCGAACCAUUAAUCAAAAUAGCUGGAAGUGAUAUAUCUUAUUGGUUCGAUAAAUAAACUGGAGAACCCAGAAAAUAAGUAGAUAUCAAUACAGGGUUGAUAACCUAUUAUUGUCCAUAGGGCAGAUAUUUGCACAUUCCAUCAUCUGAUCCUUGUGGAGAUGAUGAGCUUGGGGAUCAUUCAAAACCAUGGUGGAACAACGAAUAACAAUAUUGUAUUGGCAAUUUGAGUCACAAAACAAGAAAGGUGAAAAUAAUCAAUAUGCUUACAGAUCACGAAGACAUUAUUGAAGUGCCAUCUGAAGAAACUAUAAAUGAAAUUCUUGAUAGGUAUAAGUAGAUCAAUGCACAUGCUGCCAGUUAUACUUGGAAGAGAUUGGGAAAACCUUUGGAUAUGGAAUUAACUUUGAGUGCCAAUGGAAUACCUGAUGAAACUGAUGAAUUUGAAUAAUUAGGAGUCCCUGAAAGUUAGUGGUAUAUACCAGCAAUUCAUCUAUAUUUUAAUGAUGAUUUAACAGUCGCUUGA